AUGUCGGACAUGGAGGAUGAGAUGGACGUGGAUGCGCCUGCCGUAGACCAGUCCAUCAGCUUUGGCGGAGACGCCAAGAAGGGCAAGCGCAGCGCUGCCAAUCUGCCUGUAGAGGCCCAGGACUCGCUGCCAUGGGUAGAGAAGUACAGGCCGUCCUCGCUCGACGAUGUCGAGGGCCACAAAGACAUCAUAGCAACCAUCAACAAGUUUGUCGACUCCAAUCGACUGCCGCAUCUCCUCCUCUAUGGCCCUCCCGGAACCGGAAAGACGUCGACGGUCCUGGCGCUCGCGCGGCGCAUAUACGGCAGCAAAAACAUGCGGCAGAUGGUCUUGGAGCUCAACGCAUCAGACGACCGAGGCAUCGACGUGGUCAGAGAGCAGAUCAAGACGUUCAGCAGCACCAAGCAGAUCUUCUCGGCCGCGCCCAAAGCUGGCGACUCGGCGCUCGCCACGUUCAAACUCAUUGUGCUCGACGAAGCCGACGCCAUGACUUCGACGGCCCAGAUGGCGCUGAGACGCAUCAUGGAAAAGUACACGGCAAACACACGCUUCUGCAUCAUUGCAAACUACACACACAAGCUCUCGCCCGCCCUUCUCUCGCGUUGCACGAGGUUUCGGUUUUCGCCCCUCAAGGACCACGACAUCAGACAUCUAGUCGACAAGGUGAUUGACGAGGAGAAGGUCAACAUCACGCACGAGGCCACGGAUUCGCUCGUCACGCUCAGCAAAGGAGACAUGCGGCGAGCACUGAACGUCCUCCAGGCCUGCCACGCCUCCAGCACACCACUGCAGCCACCAGGCAAGCCCGCAGUAGACGCUGCUUCGAUUGUGCGUGACCAAAUCACGCAGACGACCAUCUACGACUGCAUAGCAGCCCCGCACCCCUCGGACAUCAAGUACAUGAUCGACACGCUGCUGUCCAAGAACGACAUGACGGAAUGUCUGCGCACCAUCAACAAUCUGAAGACACUCAAGGGCCUGGCGCUUGCAGACAUGCUGACAGCUAUCAGUGAAGAGCUCGUGACGAACCAUGUGCCACCCCAAGUCAUGGUGACUUGGAUGUCGGGCCUGGCAGAUAUCGAGUAUAGGUUAAGCGGAGGCGGCAGCGAGGCGAUCCAGACGGGUGCAGCAAUCGGUGUGGUGCGGACGGGGGUAGAGCUUCUGGAGAAGGGCAAGCAGUGACGGCUGCAAGCGCAGUGCGAUGCUUGUCGCUACACUCAGCAAGAGCGAUGCCACCUGCAAGAUGAUGGCCUCCAAUUGUCGCGGUGGCAGCGCGGCCAAGGCAAUGGCCGUCGCGGGUUGGGGACAUGCAUCUGCAGCGGUGAACGGACCACGGCGUGGUGGGGCAACCGUAUCAAAACACAGAGUCUCCCCGGGCUGAUAGGACAGGAGCCGCGUUCGGCGCUAACCACGCUAGUCAGCUGCACGCGACCCUAACGCGCCUUCGGACUGACGUACCGUCGAUGUACAUACUCCAAACAACACCACAUCAACAAACCACAGCGUUGCA